AUGGAUCAACAGUUGAAUGAACAUUCAACAAUUCACAAAAAUACUCGCGCCAACGUCCUAAUCGAUCGGUUGAGUUUACGACCGUCUUAUGAUCGAGAAUGCAGUUGCAAGAUCGUUACUUUUGAUGGACUUCUCUUUACUGAUCGUGGCCAUGGACUCUUUAUGUGUUCACCAACAGAAAUUCAAAAACUUAGUAUUGCUUCAGAUAUUAAAGAACAAGUCAAUGAAAUGCUAUGUGAAUUGUAUGAUCCAUCAGUAGCAAUGCCUGAAGCAUAA